CACCGAAUAAUGAAGGCUGUUCCAACCGUCCUUGUGUUAUUGGUCGUUACCGUGGCAACACGCGCACAGUUUGGACUAUUUAACCCAUUUAAUCGCUUUGGCAGCUUUAGAAGGGGGCGCUCUCGAGGCUUUGGAGGUUUGGGGGGCUUCAACAACUUUAAUAACUUCAAUAACUUCAACAACCUUGGUUCAUUAACGGGUUUCGCGGCGGGACUCACCGGAGGAAACGGAAUCGUCGGCUUUGGUUUCGGAUUUCCAACAACUACCACGAACACCUUCACCGGGUUCAACGGAUUCAACGGGGUCAACGGAUUCAAUGGGGUCAACGGAUUAACUAAUUUCCAGCCGGGUCUGAAUGGUUUCCAAGGUUUCCCUACAUUCUCCGGUUUCACGGGAGGAUUAAACACUGGCGGCAACAACGUAUUCGGAUUCAACACCGGCGGCAACAACAUAUUCGGAUUCAACAACGGAAUUAACAACGCAUUCGGAUUCAACAACGGAAUUAACAACGGAUUCAACAAUGUAAAUGGCUUCGCUGGAUUCGGAAAUGGCUUCGCUGGAUUCGGAAAUGGCUUCAGUGGAUUCACCGGAACCGGAACUGGCACUGGCACAGGAACGGGAACCGGAACCGGAACCGGAACCGGAACUGGGGUUGGUCCAGGCAUCAAUGGAUAGACUGCUAUUGAAAAGGUUUCAAACUCUGCCUUGGAUGUCCUUGAAGUGGUACCGUCGCUAGUCAGGCUGUCUUUGGUGUAGACUCAAGAAAUAAAUCAAACCUUUUCAAA